AUGAGCUACGGGGUGAAGCCUGAUGUCACAACGCUUGACGAUGACCUGCGGUUGCUGAGGGAUAGUAAGUUCAGUGCGGAAACUGUGGAUCAGAUUAAAACAUGGCUGUACGCCGUACUCAACGAAGCCGCCCCUAAGGGCCCACUUCUCGAACAACUGCACGACGGCGUAGUUUUGUGUCGCCUAGCAAACGCACUGCUAUCUGCAGAUGAUAACAAUGCUCAAUUAUUGCCUUGGAAGCAGUCUCGGAUGCCGUUUGUGCAGAUGGAGCAUAUCAGCAGGUUCCUGACCUUUGCGCGCGCCUACGGCGUGCCCGAGGACGAGCUCUUUCAGACAGUCGAUCUCUACGAGCAGAAGGACCCUGCCAGUGUCUACCUGUCUUUUAUAGCCCUCUCGCGCUAUGCACAUAGGCGGCAUCCUGAGCUCUUCCCUGUCAUCGGCCCGCAGCUUGCCCGCAAACGUCCGCCACCUCGUCCCAAGCCGAACCACCUACGCGCUGCUGCGUGGAGCACCCAAGAGUACGGUUAUAUGGGAGGUGCCAACCAAUCCACCGAGCGUGUGGUCUUCGGCCGGCGCCGCAACAUCAACCCCGACGACCGCUGA